GCACGUUCCCGUCUUCAGGUCGCGGCAGCGGAAAUCUCGAAGUGCGCAUGCAGCCGCCCCCUCCCCCAAAGCGAGGUUCGCGUCGCCGCCAGCAGGGGGUGGAGGGGGGCCCAGGGACCAUUGGCUGGUGGGCUGGCUCGCUGAAAGGUCCUGUCGCUUUGAGACGAGCACAUUCAGACGAGCAGCGGGCGGAGCAGAAGCGCGAGCAGCCCGGGACCGCUUGGCUCCCAAACCGAUCUACCGCUCGGCUCGGCUCCAUGGAGCUCCGGCUUCUCAUCAGAAACGAUGAUUCUUAAGCGAGGGCGAUGAGAUGAACCCGUAGCGGGACACCCCUUUGUUGGAGGUGCCAUUGGCUUUGUCACAAGGAGCUGGCAGUUUUUGGAAUCGGAGUGCAAUCGCUCGAAGCUCCAUGCUAUGUUUGAUACGGCCAGUAACUCUCCGCGCAGCACUCCUAGCAGCUCCCCAGCUGUGCGUAAACGCCUGCUCCCAUCGGGGUCCUCAUCCCGCUCCUGUGACGGGGAGAGCAGCAGCAUCACCAUGGUGGAGAAGGGUUCGGACAGCUCUUCAGAAAAGGGGUCUGCAACGCCACCGGUUCAGCCUCCUGGCUCUUCCAACAGCACUCCGUCCAGCUACCCGCUGUCUGCUCGCAACUUUGCACGCAAUGCCAAGAAGAUGCAGAGCUGGUACAAUCAGGUGCUCAGCCCCACCUACAAACAGCGCAAUGAGGACUUCAGGAAGUUGUUUAAGAAGUUACCAGACACCGAGCGCCUUAUAGUCGAUUACUCCUGCGCACUUCAGAAAGACAUUCUCCUGCAGGGCCGCCUUUAUCUGUCGGAAAAUUGGAUCUGUUUCUACAGCAACAUCUUCCGCUGGGAAACCACUAUUACCAUCCAGCUGAAGGAUGUGACGUCCCUUACCAAGGAGAAGACUGCCAAGCUCAUUCCCAAUGCCAUCCAGAUUUGUACAGAUCAGGACAAGCAUUUCUUCACCUCAUUCGGAGCCAGAGACCGCAGUUACCUGCUGAUCUUCAGACUAUGGCAGAAUGCGCUCUUGGAAAAGCCCCUGUCCCCAAAAGAGUUAUGGCACAUUGUCCACCAAUGCUAUGGCACGGAGCUGGGCCUUACCAGUGAGGAUGAAGAUUAUGUUUCACCUACUGAUCAGAUCAUACCAGUGGAUGAUGCUGUGCCAGAACUUUUGGAGCUGCGCAGUGAACACUCAUCUCGCCCCAGUAUGGACCUCAAGUUGGAUGCAAGCCCACUAGCCAACUGCUGCGUCAACAACCGCUCCAUGACCUCAGUGGAGAGCAGUGAUGGCGGACCAUCGUUUUUGGAUGAUCCUGAGCCGAGACCUGAAAGCCAAUUGGAUGGCUUACCCAAUCAAAUUCUGUCUCCUGCUUCCGAAAGAGAGUCUGUGGGGAUCUUGUACUCUUUGGACCUAAUCAAUGACGAUGACAUUCCCACAGACAUGAGCAAUUCCUCUGACACACAAGAUGAAGUAGAAGUGGAGGCCAUCUGCACAGACCUUGCUGGACGUUUGCAUAUCAAUGUUGUCUACCAUAUCGGCGUGGACAAGCUGUUUGAGCUGCUUUUCACUGACCCUCACUUCAUGCAGGAUCUCUUCAAGCAGCGCAACAUGACCGAGCUCACCGUCAAUGAGUGGCAGCAGGACAACAGUGGUAGCUCCAGCAGAGUUAUCUCUUACAACAUUGGCAUCAACAAGCCUGUUGGACCAAAGACCGCACCUUCAAUUGAGACUCAGACGUUGUGCCGAGGCAGCGAGAAGGGCAAGAGUUACGUGAUUGACGCUGAAGUUGUGAUGCAAGGAAUCCCGUACCAGGACUACUUUUACACCGUGCACCGCUACUGCCUGACGAGCGUUACCAGAAGCAAGUGUCGUCUGAGGGUGUCAUCAGAUAUCCGCUACAAGAAGCAUCCGUGGAACCUGGUCAAAAGUUUUAUUGAGAAGAACACCUGGAGUGGUAUCGAGGACUACUUCAGACAUUUAGAGCUAAAGGUGUCUAAAGUAGAAGCUCUCCUCAAACCCGAGGUAGCCGGGAGCGAGACCCCCAGCAAACUACCGUCGCUCCGCCGGAGGAAGCGCAAUCCAAGCCGCAAGUCACAUCAUGUAGAUGGAUUGGGUUCCCUGGGAGUUUUGGCUGACAAGGAGAGACCCCCACGAGCUGGACUGAGUGCAGCGUCAUCUUUCUUAAAGCACACAGAGAGAUUUGGUGGCAGCCACGGCAUUUCAACUGUCCUGCUUAUCGUCAGUUUCAUCUUGGUGGUCCUUGUGGUGCUGAACAUGCUGCUCUUCUACAAGCUGUGGUCCUUGGAGCGAGCUGCACACACGCUUGAGACUUUGCACACCUUUGCACUUUCAGAUGGGAAGUUGCCUCAGACAGUUACAGAGUGGGCUCACAUUCUGGAGCUGCAGAAGGAGUUCCACAAUGCUGAAGUCCGCAAGUGGAAGCAGAUCCUCAAGGCCUCUGUUCGACUGUUGGAUGAGAUGAAGUUUUCCUUGGAGAAGCUGCAUAAAGGCAUAUUAACAAUGGAGGCCCCUCUGACGUCGGAGGACAACCAAGAGGACCCGUUCGCCUAGUGAUGUGGUUUUCCAAGGAUGCUGGAGGGUCUUGUGAGCAACGUGCAAUACAUUGAGCCCACUUUUGCAUGAAUAGGCAGAAGCUGUGGCCAGAAGGGAGCCGGAAGCCCAUUAGGUCAAAAUUACUACAAAGAAACGGAGAGAAAUGGAAGUUCAUGGCAGCCUUGUGCAGAGGUGGAGGAGCAUGACCUUUUUAUUUUUUAUAAAUUAUACAAAUCAGUGUUUUGUUCUUACUUGAAACUGCCGUUGGACAAAAACAUUCAUUUUCACCCAAACCUCAUCCAAGAGGCUGAGCUGUGAUAAGUGAAAGAAAAUGGAAGGUUUGACUUUUGUCUCCUUGGUCAGCAGACUGCUGCCACGUCAAUGUAGCAUUGUAGAGCACAGGGUCUCUCGCUGACCUUCAAAGCUGCAGUCGGGGUCCGAAGAGGAAUUGAAAAGAUAAAACAUGACUGCUGUGCUUCAGUGCUGGGGAGCUCCACACUUGUUGUGUGCCGUGAUGGAAGACGAAGGCCAGCAUCACUGUUGAAAUUUGGAGCGCACUGGGAUUGGGGGCCUGCGUCAUCUGCACUGAAAGAGGGGCUACACUGCAGGCAGUUAGCUUCACCGCCUUUGAAUGAAAAAGACUAAUUUAUUAGGGAUCGGCAGCUGCACUGAGGUUUGACAUCCUGUGGUACUUGUUGACCUUUUUGAAAGGUUUGGAUUUCUGUGCCUGCAAUGCUGGCGGUGAGGGAAUUCAUCUCCCGCUCUUUACAUCCACCCGUGACAUUAUGGGCAAAAGUUGUCAGGGCAGUCGGUUCUCGGCUCUUGCUGCUUUGUUAACAGACGUGUAGACCAAGGAGAAUUUCAGACUAUCUCGUCUUCGUCUUAAAUGGCCUAUUCCAAAAGCACAUGAGAUGCCACGAGCAGGAGCCAGUGCCACCUUAUGUGGGCAAAGAGUGAGGAAGGUGCAGUAGAACAAUGAGUGGGAGGAGCCAAAGGUCACAUCUUCACUCCUUCGACAUUAAGCAGGAAGGCCCAGCCAUUGUAAACACACGUUCUCGUUGUUGGCCUUGGCUACCAGGGUGACGAGAUUUCCUCUCCCGUUUUGUAAGGCCGAAAACUGAGAGCCCACAAGUCCUAACCAGUAACAUUAGUGAGACACUGGAUGGGAACAUCUGUGUGAUUAGACAUUAGGGUUAGGUGUGUGUGUGUGAUAUUCUGUUCAAAGCCAGCAGGGUUUCAAGGGGCCGGACAUCCAGCAAGCGUAGGGCACAAGGCAGGACCAAUCCCUGGGCAGGGCGCCCGUCCAUUGCAGGGUAGGACACACAAGUGUGUCUGUUUCUAUAAAAUAUGUGUGUAUUGUUUUGUGUAAAACGAGGGGGCUCCCACAGAGCUUCUCAACACAGGCUGACACUCCACACUUGAAGGAGCCAAAAUGAACGCACCAAAGUCUUCACGAUCCGCCAGAUUUGUAAAUGCUGCGGAGUGUUCACCUAAUCUGUGUGUGUGUGUGUGUGUUUAGGGUUUGGUGUGUGUACGGCCCCCCUUACUUGUGCUUCAUCAUCUCCCACAGUGUGCUGAAGAUGAUGAAGAGGCCCAGCCUCAUGGACACAUGAUGUUGUCACCGUUUUUCUGGCCUCGAGGUCCUCGUCUUCUCCGCGGACCCUCACAAGGCUCUUGUAACCCGCGUACUUAGGAAUCUGACACGAGUAGGAGUUGAGAUGUCCAGGAGACAUCAAGUAACUUCUGAAAUUACUCCUAGGAUUCUUCCUUUUUGCCGUAGUUGUUCUCGGACUGCAGCACACUUGAUGGUUUGAUGUGAGUGAAGUGACACACAUGGCCUUGUGGGCCACAAAUGCCAUUCUCUUACUUUUCCUCACCAGCUGUUUUAUUCCUUUGCUCUCUGUUAGCAGACUUUGAAUGAACUCCACAUGUCCAGAGAAGGGUGGUAUGUAGAAGGUAGAGUAAGAUGGCUCUGGCGCAGGGUGGUAAUGAAGUCCCAGCCCUGCCAUGUGCCCGGUAGUGUUCAGGGCUGUGGGUGAUGCUGAGUGUGCGGGUCCACGGUACAUGUGACAGUUACCUCUGCUUUGACUGUGCUGUUAAGAUGGCAUAGUGGUCAGCGUCGGUCGCCUCAUCCUCACUUUAAAUCAGAGCCGUGGCCGAGAGAGCACUGGAGCUUUCUGCGGUGACUCGACUCUCUCUGGUGUCCAAAUUAGUUAAAAGCUCAUAAAUGCUGGCGCCAUCUUGAGUCCAGUGGGGUGUGAGCCUGCUGUGGCUCCAGGUUCAAGUGAAGAGCUUGGCUUGCGGUGGAGUCUUGACCUUGUGGUCCUUCAUGCAUACCCAUGGUAACCCAUUGCCAACUUUGUAGGAUAAAGUGUGACUCUUUAUGGCUCAGGAGUGUAGCUGCUGAAGUUCCUUUGUUAACGGAAGAUGAGCGGGCACAGUUGCCAGCUAGUCCAUCUUAGAUAGAGGUGGCAGGGCCCAGCAUAGAAGUCCACUCCAGUUUGAAGUGACUUAAGGAAAGAGUCAAAACUGCAAAGUCCAGAUCGCAGUCAUCGACGCCACACAGAAAUUCAUAAGUCAAAGCCAAAGUUCCUGUGCCUGGAGAUGCAAACAAAACAAGCCAGACGCCGAGUGAUGAAGCAGUUUGUUUAUCAGUAAUGUCUGAAAUCUAGAAAUUGACUUUUAAAAUGUCACACCAGGCAGGGAGCUGAAACCACAACCCCCAGUAAGAGGUCACCCCAUCAUCUGUGUAAAUACCAAAUGGCACAGGGAAAAGUGCAAAAAUAAUGUAACUACUUUACGAUGGGCUUUUAAUCGAAAAUGAAGUUUAGAAUUAGCAUCUGCAUAUUUCAGAUCCGGAAACAAUGAGAAAAGAAACCCGAGAAAUGUAUGGAAUAGAAGUCCGAAAAAAUCAAAUAGAACUGCUAGCCCAGACCUGGGGCUCAAUGGAGGGUGAAGGAGAGCGCAGGGCUCAUCUGUCACCCCACAGAGAACAAAGAGACGCAGGACAGGAGUGUCCUCAGUGACUGGCGCAGAGCGGUGCGUCCGCUGGGGUCCACAAGAGCUUAGUUUGCAGUUAAGGCUUAAGACGAAGGUCCUUCGAGGUGCCACUGUGGUCUGCUGGUCUUUAAUGAAGACUUCUGGUUACCUGACGAGAUUGCGAAAUCGGGCUGACCAAAGGCUGGCCCGGCCGCCCCCAUUUCAUGCCCUCCUUCACUGCCGCUGGCUUACUUCUACUCCGACUCCCACUUCUACUGCUACUCCUGCUCGGGCCUACAAUGGGAAGGCCUGGACGUUCCUACUCGGCAGAACAAUUUGAAGUGCGCCGAGAGUGAAGGCACGCGGUCGCCAUGUCCGUCAGGUCUGCCUGCGUCCUCUGAGGGCCAAGUGGAGCCGUCCAAAGGCUCAACCAGGACGAGUGCAGUGCCACCCGGAGGAGACCCAGUGACACUGCAGGUGCCGGGCUUGGGCAGUGAUGGGAGUCCGUGUUGUGUCAUUUCUGGACUGUUUUGUUUAGGGCUUAUUUAUUAGGGAGCACUUUGGUUUGGGGUCUAUUUAUUGUUCUGUUUGAGACAGUUCGGUGGACCUUUGAAUCUGAAAUGGUGUUGCACUGGGAUUUCAAACCUCGGCACCUCUGCUGCUCCCUCCUUAAGGCGAAUGAGAUUUCAAUUUCACGUUUGCCGACUCCAGCGUUUCUGGUCUCUAUUGGGUUUAACCUGCUGGCCUGCCGGAUGGGCCCUUUAUUUGGGUGGGUGCAAAGCCGCAUCGUGAUGCACUGGGGAGGCCGAAGUUACAGACGUGCUCCUCCCGUUUGGACCUGAUUUAUGAGCCUUGCUCUUUUUCUUUCUUUUUUACGUCACGUUCUUCCUGUCUAAGACUUGCGCUGCUUGUCCUUCAGUAUUUGAAAUGAGUGCACCGGCUGCUUAAACAGCAAGAACCUGCCGUGCCGUAGCUGAAGCGCUGCAAGGCGGAGGAGGCGCUGGGACUGUGCCGGUGGUGGCCAUCAUGGGGGGCUGCUGCUGGCCGUUGUGUUUCGGUCCUCAUUGUGCACCCAGCCGCUCCUCUUUUGCUUUUUCCUUCCAUGUUGAUCUUGCUGCUGGUUGUCUGAGUUGAUCUUCUUAUUUCAGUUCAUGUCUGUCUCAUUUGGUUAAUUUCUCUUAUUCUAAGAAUGAAACUGUAAAGUGCUGAAGUCCUCAGGUCUAAUAAAACUUAGAUGAGCUGGA